AUGCAGCUCCCCGACCCGAGGCCCUGGGCCUCCCUGCUGCUGGCGGACUGGGCUGUACUCCGGCUGCUCCAGGGCACUCUGGACGCUCUGCUCCCCCGGGGGCUGCCGGGGCUGUGGCUGGAGGGGACCCUGCGGCUUGGGGGUCUGUGGUGUCUGCUGAAGCUGGGGGGGCUGCUGGGCCCGGCGGGGACACUGCUGCCCGCGCUCUGCCUGGCGCCCCCUCUGUUCCUCUCCCUGCGGGCGCUGAGCCCGGGGGCCUUGAGUGCGCCCCCAGCCAGCGUGGCUGCAGCCCCCUGGAGCUGGCUGCUGGCGGGGUACGGGGCCGCGGCGCUCAGCGCGGCGGCGUGGGCCGUGCUCAGCCCCCCCGGAGCCCCGGGCGGGGAGCAGGGCCCGGAGAAGAGCCACGCCCUGAUGUGGCGGCUGCUGAGGCUCUCCAGGCCGGACCUGCCCUUGCUCGCCGCCGCCUUCUCCUUCCUCGUGGUCGCCGUGCUGGGGGAGAUGCUGAUCCCCUAUUACUCUGGCCGGGUGAUCGACAUCCUGGGAGGCGAUUUUGACCCCGAAGCCUUCGCCAGCGCCAUCUUCUUCAUGUGUCUCUUCUCCCUGGGGAGCUCGCUGUCCGCCGGCUGCCGAGGAGGCUGCUUCCUCUUCACCAUGUCCAGGAUCAACUUGCGGGUCCGGGAGCAGCUCUUCUCCUCCCUGCUGCACCAGGACCUGAGUUUCUUCCAGGAGACUAAGACAGGGGAGCUGAACUCACGGCUGAACUCAGAUACCAAACUGAUGAGCUCCUGGCUUCCUCUUAAUGCCAACGUGCUCCUGCGGAGCCUGGUGAAGGUGCUGGGACUGUACAGCUUCAUGCUCAACCUGUCGCCUCGACUCACCCUCCUGUCUCUGUUCGAGAUGCCUCUCACAAUGGCAGCUGAAAAGGUGUACAAUGGCCGCCAUCAGGCGGUGCUUCUGGAGAUCCAGGACGCGGUGGCGCAGGCGGGGCAGGUGGUGCGGGAGGCAGUUGGAGGGCUGAAGACUGUGCGCAGCUUUGGGGCUGAGGAGCACGAGGCCUGUCGCUACGAGGAGGCCCUGGAACGGUGCCGGAAGCUGUGGUGGCAGCGAGACCUGGAGAGGGCCCUCUACCUGCUCUUCCAAAGGAUGCUGCACUUGGCCAUGCAGGUGCUGAUGCUGAGCUGCGGGCUGCGGCAGAUCCUGGCGGGGGACCUCACGCGGGGCGGGCUGCUCUCCUUCCUGCUGUUCCAGGAGGACGUGGGCCACCACGUGCAGACCCUGGUGUACAUGUGCGGGGAUAUGCUGAGCAACGUGGGCGCCGCCGAGAAGGUGUUCCGCUACCUGGACCGGCAGCCGAAUCUGCCUCCGCCCGGCACGCUGGAGCCGCCCGCGCUGCGCGGCCUGGUGGAAUUCCAGGAUGUGAGCUUCGCCUACCCGCACCGCCCGGACCAGCCGGUGCUCAAGGGGCUGACGUUCACCCUGCGCCCCGGCCAGAUGACGGCGCUGGUGGGGCCCAACGGCUCGGGGAAGAGCACGGUGGCGGCGCUGCUGCAGAACCUGUACCAGCCCACGGCGGGGGCGCUGCUGCUGGACGGGGCGCCCCUGGCCCAGUACGAGCACCGCUACCUGCACCGGCAGGUGGCUGUGGUUGGGCAGGAGCCCGUGCUGUUCUCGGGCUCCGUGCGGGACAACAUCGCCUACGGGCUGCAGCGCUGCAGCGACGAGGAGGUGCUGGAGGCGGCCCGCGCGGCUCGAGCGGAUGAGUUCAUCCGGGACUUGCCGCAGGGACUGCACUCAGACAUAGGGGAGAAGGGCAGCCUGCUGGCCGUGGGGCAGAAGCAGCGCCUGGCCAUUGCGCGGGCCCUCGUGCGGGACCCUCGCGUGCUCAUCCUGGACGAAGCCACCAGCGCCCUGGACGUGGAGUGCGAACAGGCGAAAACCUUUCGAAGUUCAAAAUAUAA